AUGAAGAUUGAGGGAUGGAGAUGCCACGUGGGAACCAUCCGUGGGUGGUACUCCACCCCCGACCCACAGGUCAAUGAUGCCAGCAACAUACCAGAAGAGGAUGUGGCAUCAAACCAGAUUCAACGGCAACAUGGCGGACCAACCUGCGUCCAAUUUAUCAUCUUCGAAUGCCCGAUGUGUCCCCGGGAAUUCCCGGACAUUGUGGCAUUCAAUGGCCAUCGAAUUCAUGUCCAUGGCCACAACGCCGGGUCGAUCGUGCCCACGACCCGCGAAAUUUGGCCAGUAAAGAGGACGACAUGGAAAAGGCUUCCCAAUCCUACUUGCUCGCUACAAAGGGUGUAUCUCUGCACCCAGUGCAACGAUGGGAAGCGGUUUGCCAGCCACGCGAGCUGGAAGAAGCAUCGACGAAAUGCUCACAAAGACUGUGAUUCCAAGUUUCGUUUGGUCAAGAUCAUCACAACGGACGAAUAUCAAGACGGGGAAUACGAAUGCCUGAGCUGUGGCUCAGAAUUCAGCCAUUACGACCAUUUUCGCGAGCAUCAUCGGAAGCACCACCCCUCCAUGCCCCUUGAAAAUGGUGUUCGGGUUUACCGACCGGAUUUCAAAUUUCAGUGCCCGGAAGGUGGUUGUGGGUGGACUUUCCGUCGGCAUGCGUCGUAUGAAUACCACAUGGGAAAAUUUCAUGUGGGCACACCUUUGUCGGAAGCGGCAUACCUUCAAUUCUCUCCUGGAAUGCCCAAUGACCCCAUCGAAACCAUGGCCAUGGAUAAUUCGCGUGAUGAUGGCAUCGAGGCAUCCCUCAGCUCACCCCUCUCCUCAGCCAUCGAAAUGAAAGAGGAUGCGCCUGCGGACGUGGACCUGUAUGCAAUCCCACAGCACUCAGCUCAGGCCGAAACAACCAACCAGGGAUCCAUUGUGAUUGGGUCCUCGCCUCCUCGAAACCUUAGAACCGUUAAGUCUGAGGUCAUCUCCAUCGAUUCCUCGCCCCCUCGCCCAUCUCAAAUCAGACUCAACGAGUCUGAAGUCAUUCUCCUCAAUUCCUCACCCCCUCCCCGUCCCCGAGACAGACUCGACGAGUCUGAAGUCAUUAUCCUCGGUUCCUCGCCCCCUCGCCCGCCCACACGCCGGCCCCAAGGCAGAACCACCCAGCUUGAGGUCAUCCCCAUCGAGUCGUCCCCGCCGCCGCCCUUGCCGGCGUACGGGUUUGCCAGCUCGGGGACGGCAGUCUCGGAAGCACCAGAGGCCGCGGGGCCAACCGAGGUUGCAGAAACGGGAACCGGGGAUGUAGACAUUGUGGAGGUUCGGGGGAGAGAUUCCCAUGUCCAGGCCCAGCCCUCAAACAGAGUGGCUGUGACGCCGCCCCGGCCACCUUCCGAAGCGGCUUGCCUGACAUCGCCCCAACCACGCGAGCGAUACAACCACCCAGUUUACGCCAGGUUGCCAAAUGGGGAGAACUAUCCAAUUGUUACCCCCCAUGCUGGCCUGAAACCUUAUUUCCGUCGCAAGUUUUGA